UUUGUAUAUGGCAUUUGGUUGAAAUAAGUUGCUUUCGUUUUUCAAAUUCACGUGUAGUCUUUGGUUAUUUAGAUCAAUCAACAAUGCUUGCAUGAGCGUGGCGUCUCCUCUUGCUGUUUGCAGACGAAAUUCAAAGGAAACGGAGUAAAGUACACACACACGCACACACACGCACACACACGACGCACGCAUUUAUCGUGAGGUUUAACAAUUGGCGUGCAGGAUGUGCGACGUGCAGCAGCUGCUCUGCGAUCUGGGGCAGACGUUCAACAAAUUCAAGGAGCUGCGACGCAUCGAACUGCUCAAGGUGCUCGGCCAGGUGCGUUGCUGUGAAUGCGGCCACAGGCAGCGCAUGCUGAGGGCUCGCGAACGGGCCGGCAAAUGGCCGUCGCGCACACUUCAAUUGCUUACCGCCUGCUUUAUCCUCAUGUUAGCGCUGCUCAUCUGCUGGCUACACUUGGCGCGCAGAUUCAAUUAUGCCCAAACGCACGGCAGCGGCGGCUGUACCCCAGCCCUCUUCUAUACCUACACCGACUGCGAUGUCUACGUUUAGCAUUCGCCUAAUUCUUUCGGUUAAUUAGCAUCGAAAGCCGCAAAUCCUGAUGCCAAGUGCCCAGCUGAAGGUGGCAAAAGUGAAACUCUCCACAUUUUGGCCAGCCCGCAAGAAGCUCUAAAUAAUUGUCAGCUUUUAGCUUGUUUUAUCAUAUAAAUUAAAAAGUUUUUAAAUAUU